GUUAGUCCAAAUUAAAAUUUCAUGGUUUAAGUGCAGUGUCCCAAAUUUAAAUAGAACCCCACAACACAUCCCGCCGGAUAAACUAAAAUAAUUUCCAAAUCCCCAAAUUAAAGAAGAAAUGCAUUAUUUGAAUCUCCUCUUCUUCUUCCUCUUCCUUUCUCCCACACUAACCAAAUCCCUAUCAGAUCCCCCGCCUAGCCCCGACGUAAGCAGCGGUGGAAAGCACUUCGUCCUAGUUCACGGAGCCUGCCUCGGGGCCUGGUCCUGGUACAAGCUAUCAACGCUGCUCCGAUCCGCGGGGCAUCGGGUGACAGCGUUAGACAUGGCGGGGGCUGGAAUUGAUCCUCGGGAGGCGGAGAGCCUGACGUUCAACGAAUACGUUGAGCCGUUGAGAAGUUUCAUGGCGGAGGUGGGGGAGGAUGAGAAGGUGAUUCUGGUAGGGCACAGCCAAGGCGGGCUUUGCAUAUCGAAGGCAAUGGAGGAAUAUCCGGAGAAAAUAUGUGUUGCGGUAUUUGUGGUUGCCGCUAUGCCUGGCCCAGCCCUAAACGCUUCAUUUCUAAUUGGUGAGUUACGCAAGAGGUUAGAUUUUGGGCCUGACAGCCGUUAUACAUAUGGUAAUGGGCCCACAAGCCCACCAACAACUUUGACAUUUGGCCCAUUGUUCUUGGCCGCAAGUGUAUUCAACAAAAGCCCGCCGGAGGACUUGACAUUAGGACGGAUAUUAGUGAGACCAACCCAUUUGUUUGGAGGAGAGCAAUGGAACAAAGAUUUAGUUCUGACAAAGGAAAGAUAUGGCGCCGUCAAAAGAGUUUUUGUUGUUUCGGAUAAGGAUAAGGUUAUCAAGAAAAACUUUCAAAAAUGGGUUAUUCGUAGAAACCCACCUAAUGGUGUUGUGGAAGUUAAAGGAUCAGAUCAUAUGGUCAUGACGUCUAAGCCUUUAGAUCUCUUCAACAUACUUUCACACAUUGCUCGUCAAUAUUCUUAGUCCUUUUAAUCCUCUUUUGUAUUAUUUUAGAAUUGUGUUUCUUAGUAAUGUGGGGCUUUUGACAAAAUAUUAAAAGAAUUGUUGUAAUAUAAAAGAAGUUUGUAUCUUUGGUUUCAAACAAUCUCAAUUUGACGUUGUGUGUACUAGCUCAAUUGAGUGAAUGAUAUAAUAAUACUUGGAGAGAGUGAUUUUAUA